CUCUGAAUAAUGUAAUGGAACAUUAUAUUACCUUAAAAGAAAAUUGUUAGUCGCAUGAUUAGAACAAAAUGCACCAAUCUUCCCUCAUAAAUCCAAUUGCUACUCUUCCAUUACCCUCAAACCGCACUGAUUCUCCAGCCACCACCUCUUUCAUUUUCAACCACGGAAGAAGAAAAUCACUGUCCAACAAUUGCAUUAGGAGCGAGUCCAAACAGCAUAGAUGGACUCUUCAGGGCAUGACAGCUCUCGUCACUGGUGGAACUCGCAGAAUAGGGCACGCCAUUGUGGAGGAAUUGACGGGGUUUGGAGCCAGAGUGCAUACUUGUGCCAGGAACGAGCACGAUCUCAAUAAGUGCCUUGAGAAAUGGAAUGCUUCGGGUUUUGAGGUCACUGGCUCAGUUUGUGAUGUCUCAGUUCCUCACCAGAGGGAGGUGCUUAUGCAGUCUGUUUCCUCUCUCUUCCAUGGGAAACUCAACAUCCUUGUAAGUUGUUGUUCCAGAUCUAACAUUGAUAAGUAAUAUGAUUGAAAUAAUGUAUAUAAGUGCAUAACAAUCUUCAUUUUAUAAUUAGCUUUUAAGGUUAAGUCAAUCCCAAACUCAUCAUAAAAUGAUUUGAGUCUAUUUUAAUAGUUAUUGUUGGACCUAUUGAACCAAUUCCUUAUCGAGCCAUUAUGAGACUAUCUGCAUAUGUUCAAUCUUGUAACUCUUGAGGGGAGGGGGUGUUUCAUGUUGAUAAUCAUGACUCUUACGUUCAUUUUUCCCCAUGCUAUCAAGGGAGAUUUAGCAUUGGUUAAUAAUAUGACUAAAAUAAUGUAUAUAAAUAGGGAAUAAUCCUCACUGCUAGCUUUUAAGAUUAAGUUAAUCCCAAACUCAAAUCAUAAGAUGAUAUUAUAGCCUAUUUUAGUAAUUGUUGUUGGACUUAUUAAACCACUCAUUAACGAGUCAUUAUUAGACCACUUACAUUUGUCUAAUUUUGGGAGAGGGUGUGUUUCACGUUCAUAAUUAUAACUAUUGUGUUCAUUUUCCCCCCAAUGCUAUCAAGGGUCAAAAUAUGCAUUUUUCGUUGUUCUGGAUUGCUUUGAGGUUCAC